UUGUUUGGCAACGUGUAUUGUGGUCGUAAUAGAUAAUCAAGACGAAAUGAAUAGAUUUAUUGUCAGAUUUUAGACUAUUUAAUUGUCAAUAAUUAUUUGAUAACAAUAUUAACACUAAAAGAAAAAUUAUAAAAAUGUUUUCUACAAGUACUCAGAAAAAAUACUGGAUGUACAAGGAUGAAAAUGAUCUAACCUCUCUCAGAGAAAAAACUAAUGCCGAAUAUAUUGAAAAAUUUGGUGUCAACAUGACACCUGAACAGAAAGCACAAUUUUUCUUAUCAGCUACAGAAGAAAGAACACUUUUGAGAUUUCAUGAAUUACAGUUACGGGAUUUUUGCAAAAAAUUUUCACCUCCAAUGCCUAAAGCUACAAUUGCCACAGCCCUUCAUUAUUUUAAAAGAUUUUAUCUACGAAAUAGUGUUAUGGAUUAUCAUCCAAAAGAAAUUUUAGUAACCUGCGUUUAUUUAGCGUCUAAGGUUGAAGAGUUCAAUGUUUCUAUUUCACAAUUUGUUUCAAAUUUAAAAGGCGAUCGAGAAAAGGCAUCAGAUAUUGUUUUGAAUAAUGAAUUACUUUUAAUGCAACAGCUAAACUAUCAUCUAACUGUUCACAAUCCAUUUAGGCCUGUAGAAGGUUUCAUGAUCGAUAUUAAAACACGAUGUACUUCAUUAGAAAAUCCUGAACGACUCAGGCCAUAUAUCGACGAUUUCCUAGAACGAGUUUUUUUAACUGAUAGUGUUUUGUUAUAUGCCCCUAGUCAAAUUGCUCUUGCAGCUGUAUUGCAUGCAGCUUCAAAGAUAUCAGCAAAUUUAGAUAAUUAUGUUACAGAUAUACUAUUUGCUGGCACAAAUUUAGUUGGAAUUGUCGAAGCAAUAAGAAAAAUAAGAUCUAUGGCGAAAAACAUUGAUGUUCCAAACAAAGAAUUGUUAAAGGUUAUCGACAGGAAACUAGACAAAUGUAGAAAUCAAGAAAAUAAUCCAGACAGUGAAAUUUAUAAAAAAAGAAUGCAAGAAAUGUUAGACGAAGAUGAUCUUCAAGAUGAUGAAAAAUAUGCAAAAAUAAUUCAAGAUCAAGCAGCAAAUGAAGAGAAGAUAUUAGGUGUGAAUAAAAUCCGUUCUCCAGCUGUGUAAUGAUCAUUUAAUCAUCAUUUAACUUAUUACAAACAAAUACUUUUUACAUUAUAGUUAAUGCUUUGAAAGCUUAAACGUCUCAAGUUAUAAUUACAUAUUUUUUAUCGAGAUUCUCUUUAUUUUUGCUUAGAAAAAAUCAAUAAAUUGAUUUUAAAAUGUUUUUCUUGUAACAUAAUAGUAUCAAAUUGUAUACAAAGACAGUUUUUUACUUG